GGUAAGCUACUUCAAACCCUAGGUUUUCUCUCAUGCUUCUUCCCUGUUCUUUUUUACUUAUCGGCGGCGCGUGGGGUCAAUCGGAGGCGCGUGAGGGCCACGUUCUUGCUUAUUCAUGGUGAUUUAUCUGAUCCCUGCACUUGGAAACCCUCACCGGAGCUCAACCGGAGCCAUAGCGAAGACGUCCGUUUCCGAUUCCGGACUUCCAUGGCUUCCGCCGUCUUAGCCAACCGGAACGACACCGAUUGGCCGCCGCAGCCCAGAGGCGGCGCUUCCGGAGCAGGAUUCAUGGGGAAAGUCCCUUUCGCUAACCCUAACCCUAAAAACUCAAGCAAGAAGUCGCAAUUCCACCAAUUCCACGCACCGUCGGGCGAUUUCAACGGAUGUCAGAUCGACGAGUCACCGGCCGUGACGCAGACGGCGUCGGACGACGCGUCGUCGAUCAAUCACCGGCGAUCAAGCGAGUUCAAUUUGGGGCACUCUCAAUACGUGAGCUUCAACAUAGGAUCUUAUUCAAGAAAAGAGCUCUCCGAGUUGAAAAACCGCUUAUUGUCGGAGCUCGAUCGAAUUCGCCAAUUGCAGAGCCGAAUUGAAGCGUCGGAUUUGGAUCAUCAUCAUCUUCAACCUAAGAAACCGAUCCCUAGCAAGAAGCUGUCUGGUUCGAAGAGGCCGUUCCCGACGAAUUCGAAUCAUGGCAAAGAUUCCUCCCAUUUGAAGAGAUCGCAUCCGGAUAACGCGAAUUUGAUGAAGAAUUGCUCGCAGCUGAUGACGAAAUUGAUGAAGCAGAAGCACGCGUGGAUCUUCAACAAGCCCGUGGAUGUGAUCGGCAUGGGGCUUCACGAUUACUUCGACAUAAUUAAGCGUCCGAUGGAUCUCGGCACCGUAAAGUUGAACCUUUCGAAAAAUCUUUACUCUUCUCCGUCGGAUUUCGCCGCAGAUGUGAGGCUGACGUUCCAGAACGCCGUGACCUACAAUCCCAAGGGCCACGAUGUACACGCCAUUGCAGAGCAGCUCCUUGUGAAAUUCGAGGAGUUAUUCCGACCGGUGAGCGAGAAAUUGGGAGACGAACGGCUUUUUGAUGACGAUUUGCAGGCAAGUUCAUGGGAUCACGUGGAGCCGGAGAGGCCGAAGAAGCGGGAAGAGAAGAAGCCUGAGCCACCUGUUAGGGCGCCGCCGGUCCCAGCGAGCUCGUCGAACCCAAUCCCCAAUUCUCCACCUGUGGUGCAGUUGCAGUCUCCGGUGCGGACACCAUCCCCGCCGAUGCGGGCCCCACCGGUUAAACCAUUAAAGCAGCCGAAGCCAAAGGCAAAGGAUCCUAACAAGAGGGAGAUGAGUAUGGAGGAGAAGCAAAAGCUAGGAAUCGGGUUGCAGAGCUUGCCGCAGGAGAAGAUGGAUCAGGUUGUGCAGAUCAUAAGGAAGAGGAAUGGCCAUUUGAAACAGGACGGUGACGAAAUCGAGCUUGACAUCGAAGCCGUCGACAUAGAGACGCUUUGGGAGCUUGAUCGGCUCGUCACCAAUUGGAAGAAGAUGGUCAGCAAGAUCAAGCGGCAAGCCCUCAUGAACAACGCCAACAACAAUAACAGCAAUGUGGCACCAAACAAAGGCAAUGCGGAAUUAGCAGGCAGCGAGAAGAUUGAUUCUGUCGUUGCGGAGCCGAAAAGGGUUAAGAAAGGAGAAGGCGGUGAUGAGGAUGUUGACAUUGGCGAUGAAAUGCCGUUGAACAACUUUCCGCCGGUGGAGAUUGAGAAAGAUAUUGGAGGGGGCCACGCCAGCAGCAGUAGCUCUAGCGGCACCAGCAGUUCGAGCAGUGAUUCCUCCUCUUCUAGUGAUUCUGAUUCGGGAAGUAGUUCUGGGAGUGAUUCGGAUGAUGAUAAUGCGCACUCGUAGAGUCCUUUCAGAAUGUUGUCAUCGAAUUGGGACUAUAAAUGGCAAAAGAGACGCGCCCAUUUGGUGGGAGAUCUUUCUGAAGAAGAUCGAAAGUGUUCCCAAAAGCCCUCCUUUCGAUAGAGAAGAGCCUUCAAUUUGUCUAAAUAUUUAUUUUCAGUUGGGGGGAGGUUUCGUGUGUUUCUCGAAGUGGUGGUUACAAUAUUAAGGAAAGUUGGGAUGGUGGAUUAACACAAAUUGUAUAAAGAGACCUUUACUCUGUCUGAGAUGUUAGAAGACAGAUGUAACAGUUAGCUAGGGUUAGGAGAAAGAGUAGUGAGAGGACUAAUGUACUUAAAAAAACAUUUAUAAAGAGCAAUACACUAGUUGUGGUUCCUAGUCCCCA